CCUCCUGCUUUCUGCAAGUGCUUGUCUCUCUCAUUUUCUCCAAGGCUUGGCCAAAGAGGCCCUUGGUUGGGUCAUAGGCUGCGUCCAUGACUUUGGCCUUCUGAGGACCUCCCCAGCCUGACAGGUUUAGCCAUAAAGCUCUCUCACCUGAGACUGCAAGGCACAUUACACGCCCACAACCUUGGACUGCUCCAUUGGAGGAGCCUAGGAUGAGAUUGUUGACUACACAAAUCUCAUCCCAGAGGGCCGGGUUCGGAGACCCCGUGUCCAGUUGAUGGUCCAUGUCCUCUAAAAUCUCUGCCUGAUAAGCUGACAGCAGUGUAACCACAUUAAGGGAACACACUGACUGUGCUCCAUAUUUGUACAUCCUUUGAUAGAUGGAUGCAGUGAGGCUUACUGGGCAGAGAAAUAUUAGAAGAAGCUGAAACUGACCUGCGGUUAGGGUGAAGGUGAUAAGCCACUGAAGGCUGCAUUGCUGGGGGUCCGGUCAGCCCCAGCUCACCCAUCUCCAGCUUAGAGCAGCCUUGGGUAGGAAGCUUGCUCUUAAAAGGGCUAGACCAAUAGUGACUCAUUUCUUUCAUGCAAGCAGGCACUGCUGGCAGAAGCUGCUUUGCAGGUGGUAGGCUGGAGGGAGCCUCUUGCCAUCAUACAGGUCGCGUUCUGCCCCUUCAGCCUCCUGGGCUGCUGGCCAUGGGAUGCCCAGGUUGGCAGCAGCCCGUUUGCAAACCUCAUAAAAGUUGCUGUCUACUGGGAGUACAACUUCAGCCCCACUUGGGCGCCUGGACUGCUGGGCAGGGAAGGUGGAGUCAUCCUCCUUUUCCUCCAUGUCCUCUACGCUGAGGUCGUCGGAGUUGGCAUCACCAUCUGCGUCCUCGCCAUCCGGUUCACCCUCGUUUUGGUCAAGAAUCUCCUUGAACAACUGGGGCAUAACCGGGGACACUUCCUCCAUCAUGUCGUUGUGGCUGGUGGCUGAUGGAUAUAAAUUGUAGCAUUGUUGGCUGACAGGCAGGGGGUCCUGGCUGUUAGCCACUGCUACUCGCAGCCUCCUUUCCAGGAUUUUCUCUGGCAUCAAGGCGCAGUGUGAGCAACCUUGUGGGUCCGCCAGAGAAGUCUGGGCAUGCUUAGCACCCAUGCAAGCUAUGCACAUCAAAUGAGGGUCCCUGCCUGAAAUGGAGGCACCACAUGACGCGGGGCAUGGGCGGGAUGCAGCCUGUUUGGAGAUGGUGCUAGCAGCGGGGUUAAGUCCGAGCUAGUCGCCAUGAGAGUCAGCUCUACGUGACACGUUAACUGAACUCAGCUAACAAAUUAAUGCUAACUGAAACCUAACACUGUUUGGGAUUUGUUAGCAAAUUAAUGCUAGCCAGACGUAACACAGUAGUGGCCUGCUAACAAGAUAAUGCUAGCCGGACACUGAAAAGCUCACCGUAACAUGUUAGCACAAGUUACACACAUAACGGCUACCCCGCUAACUAAAAACCAGGCAACCGCUGUAGACAGCUCGCCACGAUGCGGUCGCUGUCCAAGAUUUAUAAUUACAAGUACACUUCUUUCGAAGGACUUACUCAGCACAAUCCAGACUGAAAACUGGAAAACUGUGUUCUGCGACGUACUCCUCUACGGGACGCCUGAGAACUGUUUAACAGCUAACCAAGCUAGCCUGGAUGCGCUUGAGGGAGCUCGAUGUAGUUUCUCACGGGAAGAAAGCAAGAAUGAGUAGGGAGGAGCUGGUCAGCCGUAGUAGUAUGAGGGGCGGGGCCCUGAGCAUGGCUUGACAGGUCUGUCGCAGACAGACGUGGUGUCAUUGGAGCUUCCAUAGUUGGUCACGCACCGAGCGAAGUUAGAAAAAGAACCUUCAUUUUCUGUACUGAGGUGAAGCUAGGAGUGUCACAGAUUUUACCAUCAGAAAGGUGCUUUUUUUUUCUUAUUAAUGACUAGCAUUGCACAUUUCAUAUUUUCACAUUUUGAAGAGCUUAAAGUUCCGCCAACACUUGUGGCCUUCAUCAGGGUCAACAUAAAAACCACAAACAAAAUGUGUCAUUCGAGCAAUAGAAAUGUUCUUUAUACUACUUUAAAUGUGUCGCUAGCACUUUAACAUAUCUUCUCCUCUUCUCCAUGUAUCUUGGACGGAGAUGAAUCCUCAAACCUAGGGCUAGGAACAAAUUAGUUGCCAGGAACAGCAACUAAUUUGUUAUGUAAAUAGUAAACGGACUAGUUCUUAUAUAGUGCUUUUCUGCUGUGUCUGAGCACUCAAAGCGCUUAUACGUGUUUACAUUUACCCCCAUUCACGCCCAUUCAUACAAGCACUUCCAUGAUUAACUAACUUUAUACACUCAAACACAUGGACUAACUAAGUGCUUUUAUUAUCUAACAUUCACACACAUUCACACUCCAGUGCUUGUGUCGGAGAGCAACUUGGGGUUAAGUAUCUUGCCCAGGAUACAUUGGCAUGCAGCCUGGUGUAGCCAGGAAUCAAACUGCUGACCUUCUGAUCAGUAGGUGACCUGCUCUACCUCCUGAGCUGCAGUUGUUAGUCAACUAAACAAGGGAAAAACAUUAGACUGACUGACUAGUCCAAAACUAAGAAACUCUCAGAUAUCAAAUUAAAUAUUAUGCCUGUUUAAUGUUAAAAACUGCCUAAACAAAGGCAUCUGAAACCAUUAAUCACAUUCUUCUAUGUUGAAUCACACUUUAAAUGCUGCUUAACUGGGUGGCACAGCACAUUGCACAUUAUGAACGCUGCACGUUACACGUCAAACAUCAAAGACACAAAACUUAAAAUCAAUUGAUGUUAAAUAAAUGAAAGCGCACAUUGAAUAUGAGAAAAUAACAUCCGAAAAAUGAAAAAAUUGUGACUUAAAAGUGUGGCUCAUUGUGAGCAGUGCUUGUUGCUCUAUAGUUCAUGACAUGCAUCAAAACAAUAAAAUACAAACAUCCAUCCAUUUUCUUCCGCUUAUCCGGGGCUGGGUCUCGGAGGCGGCAUCCUGAGCAGUGGAGCCCGGACCUCCCUCUCCCCCAGCCUCCUGCUCCAGCUUACCCCUGAUUGAGACUUCAGUGCUGCAUCUUUGCAGAGCUAGGACAUAACCUAUAGGAAGAAUCAGCUGAAGGAAGCUUACUGUAACAACCUGUGGGAUGGAGCCAGAAAGACGCUAGCUACUCUGUGGGAUGGACAUGGAGCUAUAUGGCAUGGCUAUGAGAUUCAUGGUAUGGAGAAGAUCCCUGAUGAAGGACCUGCUUUGAUAGUGUACUAUCAUGGAGCCAUUCCAGUCGACUACUACUACUUCCUGGCUAAUGUUAUCAUUCAGAAGGGACGGACCUGCCAUUCUGUAGCUGACCAUUUCCUCUUUAAGAUCCCAGGUUUCAAAUUGCUAUUGGAGGUGUUCAGUGUGAUCCAUGGUCCUCAGGAGGAGUGUGUGCGGGCUCUCAAGAAUGGUCACCUGUUGGCAAUUUCUCCAGGAGGAGUACGGGAAGCUCUUUUUAGUGAUGAGACCUACCCUCUUCUUUGGGGCAAACGGAAAGGCUUUGCCCAGGUCGCCAUUGAUUCUCAAGUGCCAGUAAUUCCAAUGUUUACUCAAAAUGUCCGGGAAGGCUUCAGAUCUCUGGGAACGCUCAGAAUUUUCCGCUGGGUAUAUGAGAGAUUUCGUCUUCCUGUAGCUCCCGUUUAUGGUGGAUUUCCUGUGAAGUUUCGAACUUUCCUGGGAGAUCCCAUUCCAUAUGACCCCAACAUAAAUGCUACUGAGCUGGCACAGAAAGUGCAGCAAGCAGUACAGUCUCUGAUAGACAAACACCAGCAAAUCCCAGGGAGCAUCCUGAGAGCCUUGUUGGAGAGAUUCUACACCAAACACAAAGACCACUAACAUAAGUAAUACUACAACAGAAACAAAAUGUCCAGCGUGUGACCAAAACAACGCAUCAGAUUGGCUCAAAUGGCAACAGCGUGCACCGUUUUAGUGGUCUAAUGUGUUGGAAUAUUUGCACAAUUUUCUUGACUUUCCCCAGAAAGCACGGAGGCUCCGUUUGCAUACAUAUAUUUAUUGCACAAUUUAGAUAUUUAGAUUAUCUUAAUUGUUUGAAGCUAGACUUUUUGAAAAAUAUUGUGACAUUAGAUGUAGUUGUUGUUUGUAGUUCUGAAAAAUAUGUGAGAUAAAGACAAAUUUAUUUGUUUAAAACCAUAAGUGCAUUUACAUCAGCAAGAGAUUACAAAUGAUAUUUAAUCAAUAAAUCUGGUUUAUUGUUGAUACCUAAGAAUUGAAAGGAGCCAGUUGAGGUGGUUUGGGUAUGUCCUGGGCAGACCCAGGACAUGCUGGAGAGAUUAUACUUCUCAGCUGGCCUGAGAACGCCUUCAGGUCCUCUGCGGACGAGCUGGAGGAGGUGGUUGAGGAAGAGGUCGUCUGGGCUUCUCUGCUUAGGCUGCCCCCGCGACCCGGCCUCGGAUAAGCAGAAGAAGAAGGAUGGAUGGGCGAACUUAAGAAUUGUUGUGAUUAGUACAUACUGGAGGGAGCUACUGCAUUGUUUUCUAAAAACUCAGGCAUUGAACAGGUACUAAAGAUUACCAACUUAACACUCUCAAUUUCCUCUAUAUUUUUAGCAUUGAAUAAAUUUUUAUAAGAUAUAUAAAUGGCCCUCAGCAUGGAAAAAAGUUCCUUUGAGUAAGCCCCCCCUUCAUAUUACAGCAUAUUCAAACUGAAUCUGAGCAUAUGCUAGCUACAGGCAAGUAUGGAUAUACACAGAAAGGAUGGAAGGAAAAUGUUUCUUUGUACUAUAUUGAUGAUAAUAAUAAGUUCUAUUUUAGGCACCUUUCAAAAUAUUUAGGAUCAAUUUACAGAGAAGAGUUAAAAAAAAAUAACCCUAAUUAAUUAUGUUCCCAAAAAUGUAAUGAAAUUGAUUUUGUGGUACCAAAUAACCUCAUUCAGUUUUCACAAUGUGUAUUGAAGUGUUUGGCUGUGGCUGCAUGUGGUCCAACAGCCUAGAAAGAAGAUCCAAUAAAUCCAACAUUGCCCCUGUACAAAACGCAAGCAUCUUCUUACUGUGGUAUUUAUCAUAUCAGUGUACAUACUUUGCAUGUGUUUUUUAAUAAUGAUGCAAUGAUCAGUUUGGUAAUAUCAGUUUUGUUUUGCACCUGGAUCUGCAGUGCACAGUAGUGUUAUUAACUAAUCAUUUUUCAUGUAACGUUUAAUAUUUGUCAUGUAAAGUAAAUUUUGUUGUGAUUUGGAGAUGAAAUAGUUUUUUGUGUAUGUGCAAACACUGUGUAUUUGCAUGUAUGUGCAUGUAAGUAUUGUGAUUCAGCAAAUGUUUUUGCACACACUUGUCAAAAUGUCACUGCCAUCUCAGUUUUUUUUUACAAAGCUUUUCUGAGACCAACUGUGUUUCUGAGUGAUAUCUCACUGGAUGAUUAAUGUCUGCGCACUGGUUGCCUUUUUCCAUUUUAACGUCACUAGGUGUUGAUGACCUAACCUGUAUUUUUUAAAUUAUGACAAUAUAAUGUAUAUGUUAAACUUUUAAAUAUUGAGACCCAUUCCAACCUGUCAAUAAAUGUAUUUUAUUAA